CUCUCUCUCUCUCUCUCUCUCUCCCUGUCUCUCUCCCUGUCUCUCUCUCUCUGCGGUCAUCAUGGCGGAGAUCAAAACGGGAAUUUUCGCUAAGAACGUGCAGAAACGUUUGAACCGCGCGCAGGAGAAGGUGCUGCAGAAACUUGGAAAAGCAGAUGAGACCAAAGAUGAGCAGUUUGAACAAGUGGUCAUCAACUUCAGGAGACAAGAGUCUGAAGGCUCUCGGCUGCAGAGGGAGAUGAAGUCCUACAUGGCUGCUAUCAAAGGGAUGCAGCAGGCCUCCAUCAAUCUGACACAGUCGCUGCAUGAAGUCUACGAACCAGACUGGCACGGAAAAGAUGAUGUAAUGGUCAUUGGGAAGGACUGUGAUGCAUUGUGGGAAGACUUCCAUAACAAACUGGUGGACUCAACCCUGCUGAACCUGGACGGUUACCUGCAGCAGUUUCCAGACCUCAAAACUCGUGUGGCUAAAAGAAGUCGGAAACUCAUCGACUACGACAGCGCUCGCCAUCACAUGGAAACUCUGCAGGUGUCAGGGAUGAAGAAUGACCGCAAGAUGAUGAAGGCAGAUGAAGAGUUGAAAAAGGCCCAGAGAGUGUUUGAUGAGUUGAACGUCGGUCUGCAGGAUGAACUGCCGACUCUGUGGGACAGUCGAGUCGGCUUCUACAUCAGCACCUUUAAGAGCGUCACAAAUUUGGAAGCCAAAUUUCACCGUGAGAUCUCUCUGGUUUGUAGGCAGCUCUAUGAAGUGAUGACCCAACUGGCUGAGCAGCACUCAGACAAAAUGUUCACCAUCCAAGGAGCACCAAGUGAUUCAGGACCACUGCGACUCGCCAGAACCCCGUCACCACCAGAUGAUGAGAGUCCACCUGAGAGUCCAGACGCCAGCUCCAAUCAUAUGCUCCGCCCUGUCUCACCUGGACCACCACGGCCAAAAUCUCCCACACAGGUCAAAAAGGGACCGCCAGUACCUCCACCACCAAAGGUAACGCCUACCAAGGAGGUGGCAGAGGAACAGAUCAUCGACCUGUUUGGAGGAGAAUUUUUACCAGCACCAUCACCCUCUCAGCCCAACGAACGACCCGGAGAGUCUCUUCUCGACUUGGACUUUGAUGCCUUUCAGCCAGAUGAAAGUGUUUCGCCAAUACCACAGACAGCUGUACCGUGGGAUAUGUGGUCGGCAAAUGCACAGACAGCUCAGCCUCAGGCUGCAGAUGCUGGCUUCAUCGCCGACUGGUCCGCUGACUUUGGUUCAUUAUCAGCAAAUGGAGAUGCUGCUUCAGGAGCUGAGGCCCCUGCGGUAGGGCUGGAGGGGAUGCAGGGCGAGGAACAUGGUGGGGCCCAGGGUUGGCCCCAGGCCCAAGACACAACAACACUUCCUCAGGACAGUGAGGCAGCCCCAGCAGCUGAAGUUGAGGUUACCGACGCGUUUAAUGGAUUUUCACAGGACGCCACUGAACCAUCAUUUUUUGAUGGUUUUGAUAAGAUGAAUGACGUUAACACUGAAUCAAGUGAGGCUCCUGAAGCCUUAGAGGAACAAGAUGUACCUGCAACGCCCCCUGCUGCUGAUAAACCUGCAGCGCUCCCUGCUGGAGAACAGGUGGAUGAACCAGCAGCACCCCCUACUGGAGAAGAGGUGGACAAACCUGCAGCGCCCCCUGUUGGAGAACAGGUGGACAAACGUGCAGUGCCCCCUGCUGGAGAACAGGUGGAUGAACCUGCAGCGCCCCAUGCUGGAGAACAGGUGGACGAACCUGCAGCGCCCCCUGCUGGAGAACAGGUGGACAAACCUACAGCGUCCCCUGCUGGAGAACAGGUGGACGAACCUGCAGCAUCCCCUGCUGAUGAGGAAGAUACAGCAGAAAGUUUUGGCAGUCCAAAAGAAGAGAAGCCUGCUUCAACUGUUGGCUUUCCAGGCUCUGAGAAGGCUGAGCUCAGUGAGAUUCAUCCCACUGACGAAGCUACAACACCUCCAGGUGAAGCAGCUCCUUCGGAGAAGAUGCCAAUCCCCUCUGUGGUCAUCGAGCCGGCCUCCAGUAAUGAAGGUGAUGAUGACCGUGAUGCUGACAUAAUCUCUCCCACCGCCAUCAGUGACAAUGAUGUAACAGUUGAGAAGCAGACCAUCAAACACAUGAGUCCAUCUGGAGGGGUUUCUGGAUUCCCUGAUGAUUUUCUUUACAAGGUGGAGACGAUGCACGACUUUGAGGCUGCAAAUUCAGAUGAGCUAGAACUGAAGAGAGGUGAUGUGGUGUUGGUGGUUCCCACUGCUUCAGUUGAGGAUCAGGAUGCCGGCUGGCUCACAGGAAUCAAAGAGAGUGAUUGGUUAACACAUGGAGCUGCUGCUCAAAAAGGACUUUUCCCCGAAAACUUUACCCAACGUUUGGAUUAAGAAGUCCAGACUGUCCAGUCAGCAUGUAGCCAACCCAUGAAAACACCUGACAGCCUGCUGCAGCUGACAACGCUUUGUUUGGUAGAUGAAACUCUACUGAAACUUAUGGUAAUAAAAAGUAGUACUAAUCCCAGCAUAAGUGAAAAUUAAUAAGCAUGAUGUGAUAGUAUGGUCUACCCCCCUCUGGAACUGAGAUGUUUUUGUUGUCAAAAUAAAAAAUGAUGUAUGAUUUAUUGGGAAUGUUGCAAUCUUUGUGUGAAAGCAGGAAACACUGGACCUUCUUCUGUUGUACUGACUUCAUGCUCGCUGUGGAAUAUCCAGAAUAUGUCGUGCUGUGAUUUUGUUAAAUGUUCAAUGAGUGUUUUGGGGUUUUUUUUGUCAUAGAUGAUCACUGUCAGUGUAUUUCUGUAAUAUGGUGAAGUGUGUGUGGUGAUGAAUUAUCGCAUUCAUGCGUGUCGCUUUGUGUUUGCCAAAACAGUACUGACAUUAUGUGAGCACUGGGGAACAAACUGGUGCAGGUACAGCAUGAGAAAGUAUUCCCUGAUAAGAAAAAGAAGCUUCCCACUGUGGAACAACAUGUUACUGCAAAAGGCACAAAGCCAAUCAGGAGACACUUUAAUGUUAACGGCUGUUUAUUUUGAAGAUCACAGGGACGGUGUUAACAAAUGCAAUAUGCAGUCUUUGUUGUUGAUACAUUUCAGGUCUCUGUAGAUCAAGAAAUAUGAUGUCACUUCCUUCGAUAGUGAAGUCAAACCUCAAUCUAACCCUUUUUGUGAUGUACAUACCCAUCAACAUUCAUGUCGAUAUCAAUAAAUAAGAGUUCAUAAGGUUCA